CGUUUGUAUUGAACAAAUCGCCGAUUUGCUCAAUAAGCCCAACUUGUAUAGAGAGUAUUGAGCUCAAAGCUCAAUUUUUAACAGUCGUCAUAAAAAACAAACUCGGUACUUGGAGAGUUCAUUUUAAGAAAAUAGAUAGGAAACAAGUAUCCAUGGGUGCUGUUUCCUAGCUUUCAGGCAAACCCCCAGACAGGCAAGCCAGAACUCGUGCUCACUCUCUCUCUAUUGGCUCACCGUCAUAAACGAGCCUGGUAGGGCGGCUGAGAUUAAUUGGACAGCCUCCGUACUGCGGCUGGAGUUUCAUGCAUAGCCGCCCGGCAGUGAGAUGCAUCCAGCCAAUCAGCAUGACGUACGUUUCUGGGGGAAAGAGGUCAAACAAGACUUCCAUUUGUAGUGGCUAGCUGCAGACAUACCCCAUCAUUGAGUAGGAACCGGCCAGGCUGUCACCAGCCCUCGUCUAUUGCGUCUGUCGGCAGAUAGUUUGGAGGUCACACAGUCUGCAGCCACGAUGCAAGAAUAGCAGCAUCUGCAUGCAGUCCUUAGCGGUUGUCUUAGGUGGGUUGGUGUCGAGGCAAUACUAAUAGAGGUUAUGUCCUGGGAUGGACUUACUUAGUUCCUUGUUAGCAGCCUUCCCACCAUCACCAUCCGCCGUGUUGGUAGUCACUUUUCGUACAUUUAUCUUUGAUCUACGUCUAAACAAUAUGGUUUGGCCUUUUAAGAAGAAGAAGAAGAAGAAGAAGGUGGAGGAGGUGAAGCCCGACGAUGCGGCAGGGACCGAGCCGCCCUUGGUCCCAGCCGGAGUUGACCCUACUGCUCCCACCGCCAGCGACCCCAAAACAGCACCUCGAACCAUGAAGCAAUUGUUCCCAGACAAAGACAGUACUUAUGGUCUUCGAACCCUUCAUGAGCCCAGUUCUUUCAUCGUGGAUAUCGUUUUCGUCCAUGGAUUGAUGGGCAGUCCUGACAAGACAUUUCUCUAUAAAGACAAGGGGACGGAGGUAUACUGGCCAGUUCACCUCCUUCCCCAGAAGAUUCCCAACGCACGUAUUCUUACUUUUGGGUACGAUGCAGACGUUGGUCGUUUUCUGGCUCCGACCGGCCAAUUCACAAUAGCAGACCAUGGCAAUAUGUUAGCGGGUGCUCUGGCCAGGCUGAAACGUGAGACCCCUUCUGGACCUAAAAAAACUAUUUUUGUUGCUCACAGUCUUGGCGGCCUAGUCGUGAAGAGGGCAAUGGGCAUAUCCGCGUCAUCUGCGCAACAGUACCUGCUUCAGGUAUCACAGGAUACCGUUGGUAUUGCUUUUUUCGGAACCCCCCAUCGAGGUUCCAAUUUAGCACCCUUUGCGAAACUAUUCGCUGAGCUCAUCCGGCUCUCGGGAUCGAGAGUAAACCCGGAGAUUCUGGAGCCUUUGAAACGGGACUCGCAGCUCUUGGCCGAUCUAGAACAGAGUUUUGAAAGCUGGACAGCAAAAUGGAAAGAUGACGAAUUCAUUGUUUGCUUUGUAGAAGCCAUGGAGGUUCUUGGGCUGGGUUUGAUAGUCACCGCUGAAUCUUCAAAGAUUGGUCGCUUCGCACAAGAAAAAAUCCGGGCCAAUCACAUGGAUAUGGUAAAGUUUGCCAAUGCAAAUGUGCAAGGAUUUCAACAAGCGGUUGGCGAAUUGCAGAGAUGGAUAAGUAAGGUCGGCCAAACGCAAGCCGAAGGAGAGAGCAUUCUUACUAGCCUAAACACGUGCCUUGAAAUAAUGCAUCUGGACCAUAAUGACAUGCUUAAAGCAUCCACCCCUACCAAUCUGCCAAGCAACCUCAACAGCACUCAGCUCGAAGAGUCUACUGAGUGGUUUACCAAGAGCCCUGAGUUUCGAGCUUGGUUAAACGGUCAAGGAUUCGCGUUACUCUGGCUCCAUGGACCGCCAGGCUCUGGGAAAACCGUCCUAAUGGGUUGCCUUCCAAAGCAGCUUGUACACUACAUCGAAUUAUCCAAAGACUGGGACACUGCAUCCUUUUUCAACUGCUCCCUAACCACCUCUGAAAGUUCAUUACUAGCAUCGCUUAUAUUCCAGCUUGUCAAAGGUGGUCCACGAGCCCGACUCGUAUGGAAGGGGGCAACAUCGCAAUCAGCACCAUCCAACGAGUCGGACCUCACAAAUCAACUCCGGGUUUUGCUGAGAUGCGCCGUUGAGGGGGCGCAGACACGUGAAACGAUCAUUCUCAUCGGCGGUGUUCAUGAACUCAGUGCUGAUAGGCCGCUAGAGUUCCUCAAGACGCUCUACUUUAAAGAAUGGAAUGCAAGAGAAAUGGGUAUCCAAGACAGCCAAGGAGGAACGUGGCUCGCGACUCACCCCGAGUAUACCCAAUUCUGUGACAGUGCGGCAUCCGACUUCUUGUGGAUAGAAGGCAAGCCAGGCAGUGGCAAGUCAACUUUAGCGAAGCGAAUCGCUAGAAACAUGAAGGAGAGGCGUCCAAACUCCGAUCCACCUUUCUCGGUAAACGCAGAAGGGGGUGAAUAUCCAAGUAGUGCUGGCGAUCAGAGGGACAUUGUUGCGGAAUUUUAUUACAGUUUCCGCGGAGGUGUCAAACAAACCAGUCAUGUACUCAUGCUGCGUUCCCUCGUCUAUCAAAUUUGGUCGCAAAACACCAGACUGUUUCCCCUUUUGCAGGACCAAUAUCGUCGACUGAAGAAGAUGGUCAAGAAGCAGAACGAGGACACUACGGCAGCAACGGAUUCGCUUUGGACAUAUGCCGAGCUAAAAGACGCCUUGCUAUGUUUGCAUCAGGUUGACUUCCCUCUUCAUGUAUUCAUUGUUGUUGACGGGAUGGAUGAGUCAGAUAAUGAUCUGAGGAGCGGUGUCGUAGCAUUUUUACCAUCGCUGUCGGCUCCCUCAAGCUCAAGCAAGUGCAUUAUCAAGCUCUUGGUUGCCAGUCGACCAGAGACUUCCCUUAAUCAUGCGUUGCUACGAGGCCACCACAUUGUGCUCCAGGAUGUCAAUAAAGAGGAUAUAGGGCGUGUCAUUGAUAACGGCAUUAAGCACCUCAAGUCUUUACAGAAACGGCCCCACGAUAAUGAUGCAGGCUUCUCUGAUAUCCACGAGCACAUCACGGAGAAUGCCGCAGGGGUUUUCCUGUGGGUCUGUCUAGUUUUAAGGGAUUUAGAGCGAACUAUGAAGGGCAUCUACACCAUGAAAGAUUUGCUGAAGCGAGCUCGCAGUCUUCCCAAAGAUCUGCUAGGGAAGGAUGGGUUCUAUCGCCUGAUAAUAGAUUCGAUGAUUAGACGUCAACAGGACGAAAACCAAGACGAUGAAGAAAGGGAAGCGAAUCUACGAAUGACUCGUAGAAUACUUACUUGGGUAACCUUUUCAGAACACCCAAUUACUAUUCCAGAACUGGCAACAGUACUGGCGAUACGAGUAGACUCUGACCAGCCAGGCGACGAUGGGGCAGUCCAGAAUCUACAAGAAGGAAUUCUCUUUUAUUGUGGUGGCCUAGUCGAAGUUCUACAUCAAGGAGACCUAGUGCAGCUUAUCCAUCAGACCGCCAGGGAGUUUCUGAUGGAUACAUCGCAAAUAGCGUCUCCAUAUCAACUCAACCAUGUGUCAGGAGAUGAAGAAAUUGCGGCAACAUGCUGUUACUAUCUUCAUCAUACUUUUACCGCUCCUAGUACUCAGCUUGAGGCUAGCGAAGAGGAUCAACAACUAGAACAGCUGGUAGCAUACCUUGAGGAGCGAGAGCUGCUCAACUACUGCCUCAGAUACUUGACAACACAUAUUGGCCACCUUCAUAGAAAUAAUCGGGAGGGGAGUAUCUUGGAUAAGUUUGAGGAGCUUGCUGCAGUACUUGGCAAGCAGCCAAGUUGUUUCGCUUCACUACUACUCACUAAGUGGGCUGGAUCAUCCUUAUACGUAUCAUCCCGCUGGAGGCUAACAAAUGACCUAAGGUCUGAGCAGGCUUCGAGACAUUGUCUCCAAGCCGCUGUGGUGAUGGCUGCGGCUAAGGGAAAGGCCAAAGCGAUGGAAAUUCUCGUUGCUCUGGGGGCGGAGGCUGGGACUCCGAACAGGAGUCGGAAAUACGCGCUUGAGUCCGCAGCGAGGCUGGGCCAGAGCCAUGUCGUAAAGCUGCUUUUGGAUCUCAUGGUACCUAUUGAUAAGCAGGAAAAGAAAGCGACGCCUUUGAUAUCUGCUGCAUCCGCAGGCCACCUAGAGAUUGUGCGGCAGCUGAUCGAGGCGGGAUGCGACAUCAAUCUGCAAGCAAAGGACCGUAAGACAGCGCUGCACGCUGCUGCAUCCGCAGGCCAUUUGGACAUCGUACAGCAGCUGAUCUAUGCUGGAGCUGACAUCAAUAUACGUAUGACGGACGAGAAGACGGCGCUACACAUUGCUGCAUCCGUAGGCAAUCUGGACAUCGUGCGGCAGCUAAUCCGUGCUGGACCCAACGUCAAUAUGCGCAUGGCGGACGGGACGACGGCACUGCACAUUGCUGCAUCCGCAGGCCACCCGGACAUCGUGCAGCAGCUGAUUAAUGCUGGAUCUGACGUCGAUAUACGUACGAACGACGGCAACACAGCGUUGUACGCUGCUGCAUCCGCAGGCCACCUGGAUAUCGUGCGGCAGCUGAUGAAUGCUAGAUCUGACAUCAAUAGACGUGGGGCGGACGACAACGUGGCGCUAAUUGCUGCCAUCAGGGAUGGUUACUUGGAGACUGUACGACGGUUACUGGACAUGGGAGCUGGUAUUCAUAGUCCCAGACCGCAUGAAACUAAUUUACAGGCUACGAGAUCAAGAAAUCGUUGGGAUAUUGGGGGUCUACUAGUCGAUCGUGCAACUAAGAGGCGUUGAGACUAGAGGUGGCUGACUUUGUCGCCAAGAUAUAACCAGCAAACGAGCAAGCCCACCUACAUGCAAGUGGUAGUUUAUUUAUUUUGAUGAUUUUAAUCUUACAAUUCCAAGUCUAUCUACAUCUUUAAUCUCGAUCCAGCCAGCUGAAUCAAAAGCAGGCUAGCAUUUG